CAGCGCGGCUGGGGUCACGUGGUUCGCCGGCAGCCGCCCCGCCUCUUUCCCGGCGGGACGCUCGGGACCGCCCGAGCUGCGCAGGGCGGCCGGGGAGUCACACCUCAUUGGUUUAUGUGGUAAAUGAGCUUCUUGGCAUAGAAGGAAAUUAAAGAAUGAUGGCUUCAUUCCAGCGCUCCAAUAGUCAUGACAAAGUAAGGAGAAUAGUUGCAGAGGAGGGUCGUACAGCAAGAAAUCUAAUAGCCUGGAGUGUUCCACUAGAAAGCAAAGAUGAUGAUGGAAAACCUAAAUGUCAAACUGGUGGAAAAUCAAAGAGGACAAUUCAAAGCAUGCAUAAAACUAUUAAACAGAACACUGCAGUAGACUGUAAAAUAACAUCAUCUACAACUGGAGAUAAACAGUUUGAUAAAAGUCCCACUAAAACAAGGCACCCUCGGAAAAUUGAUUUAAGAGCUAGAUACUGGGCAUUUCUUUUUGACAAUCUUCGCCGGGCAGUAGAUGAAAUCUAUGUAACUUGUGAAUCAGAUCAGAGUGUGGUGGAAUGUAAGGAAGUGCUAAUGAUGCUGGAUAACUAUGUCAGAGAUUUCAAAGCAUUGAUUGACUGGAUUCAACUUCAGGAAAAGCUAGAGAAGACAGAUGCUCAAAGCAGACCAACUUCAUUGGCAUGGGAAGUAAAGAAGAUGUCUCCUGGACGCCACGUGAUUCCAAGUCCAUCAACAGAUAGAAUAAGUGUAACAUCAAAUGCUCGAAGAAGCUUAAAUUUUGGGGCUUCACCUGGCACAGUGGCUGCUCCCCGUCUGGCUCCCACAGGUGUCAGUUGGGCCGACAAGGUAAAGGCUCAUCACACAGGCUCUACUGGUUCUUCAGAUGUGACACCUGUCCCGACUUGCCCACCAGUGACAGUACAGAAGACUUCCUGCAAAACUGAACGGAAAGAUGCUGAAGGAUGGGAGACUGUUCAGAGAGGAAGACCUGUUCGUUCACGAUCAGCAGCGGUGAUGGCAAAAGUUUCAACAGAAGCAUUAAGGUCAAAGGAUGACAGUGAUAAAGAAAAUGUACGCCUUUUACCUGACGAAAGCAUACAGAAAGGUGAAUUUUUUGGCGAUGGACCUUCCAGUAUUAUAGAAGCCAGACCCAAAGACUCAUUAUACUCUUGUGACCAUCCUCUGGCUGAAAGAACCCAGUUCACAGCGAGUACAUUCGAUGAUGUCAAGAACUCUGGCAGUCGUAUCUUACAAGACAGUUCUGUGCGAACUUCUGAAAUACUUCCUGUUCAUGUUGAUACAGACUGUGUUUCAGUUACUCAGCAAGCUGACACACCUCCUUCUCAUACAAGUGAAGACAAAUUUUCAGCAGAGAAAGCAAGGAUGGAAAGUGAAAUGGACUCUUCAGAUAUUUCAAAUUCCAUGGCAGAAGUUCUUGCCAAAAAGGAAGAGCUAGCAGAUCGUCUAGAAAAGGCCAAUGAAGAAGCCAUUGCUAGUGCUAUUGCUGAAGAGGAACAGUUAACGAGAGAAAUCGAAGCUGAAGAAAACAAUGAUAUUAAUAUUGAAACUGACAACGACAGCGAUUUUUCUGCCAGCAUGGGCAGUGGGAGUGUAUUUUUCUGUGGUAUGUCUAUGGACUGGAACGAUGUCCUUGCAGAUUAUGAAGCUCGGGAAUCUUGGCGCCAAAAUACAUCCUGGGGGGAUAUUGUAGAGGAGGAACCUGCUAGACCUCCAGGACAUGGGAUUCACAUGCAUGAAAAGCUUUCCUCCCCAUCUCGGAAAAGAACAAUUGCAGAGUCUAAGAAGAAACAUGAAGAAAAACAAAUGAAAGCACAACAGCUAAGGGAAAAGUUACGUGAAGAGAAAACAUUAAAGCUUCAGAAAUUGUUAGAAAGGGAAAAAGAUGUCCGGAAAUGGAAGGAAGAAUUGCUAGAGCAACGACGUCGGAUGAUGGAGGAGAAAUUACUUCAUGCUGAAUUUAAACGAGAGGUGCAGUUACAAGCAAUUGUUAAAAAAGCGCAAGAGGAAGAAGCUAAGGUAAAUGAAAUUGCCUUCAUAAACACCCUUGAAGCCCAGAAUAAACGCCAUGAUGUUUUAUCGAAAUUGAAGGAAUAUGAGCAGAGGCUUAAUGAGUUACAGGAAGAACGUCAGCGAAGACAGGAAGAAAAGCAAGCACGUGAUGAAGCUGUCCAGGAACGAAAGAGAGCGCUGGAGGCCGAACGACAGGCCCGUGUAGAAGAACUGUUAAUGAAGAGGAAGGAGCAGGAAGCCCGAAUUGAACAACAAAGGCAAGAAAAGGAGAAAGCCCGGGAGGAUGCCGCCAGGGAAAGAGCCAGAGACAGGGAAGAACGAUUAGCAGCCCUCACAGCUGCUCAACAGGAAGCUAUGGAAGAGCUACAGAAGAAAAUUCAGCUCAAGCAUGAUGAAAGUAUUCGAAGGCACAUGGAGCAGAUUGAACAGAGAAAAGAAAAAGCUGCCGAGCUAAGCAGUGGACGACAUGCGAAUACUGAUUAUGCUCCCAGACUGACCCCUUACGAAAGGAAGAAGCAGUGCUCUCUGUGCGGUGUCCUGAUUUCUUCAGAGGUGUAUCUCUUCAGCCACAUUAAAGGCAGAAAACACCAGCAAGCUGUGAGGGAGAAUAGCAGCAUCCAAGGGCGUGAGCUCUCAGAUGAAGAAGUGGAGCAUCUUUCCUUAAAGAAGUACAUUGUUGACGUUGUGGUUGAAAGUACAGCUCCCCUAGAGCCUUUGAAAGAUGAAGAGCGACAAAAACAUAAAAAAAAAGCCAAAAGGAUAAAAGCCCGCAUGAACUCCAGGGCCAAGGAAUAUGAAAGUUUAAUGGAAACAAAAAAUUGUGGCUCUGACUCACCUUAUAAAGCAAAGCUGCAGCGAUUAGCCAAAGAUCUCCUAAAGCAACUACAAGUACAAGACAGUGGACCGUGGGCAAACACUAAGGUUUCUGCUUUAGAUCGGACCCUAGGAGAGAUCGCCAGAAUAUUGGAAAAAGAGAAUGUGGCAGAUCAGAUUGCAUUUCAAGUUGCUGGUGGGUUGACGGCCCUUGAACACAUCCUGCAAGUAGUGGUCCCAGCCACAAACGUGAACACAAUUUCACGAAUUCCUCCUAAGUCUGUGUGCAGUGCAAUCAAUGUUUACAACCUCACCUGCAACAACUGCUCAGAAAACUGCACUGAUGUUCUCUUUAGUAACAAGAUUACCUUCUUAAUGGACCUCUUGCUACACUACUUGACGGUUUAUGUUCCAGAUGAAAAUAAUGCUAUUUUGGGAAGAAAUGCAAAUAAGCAAGUUUUUGAAGGCUUGACAACGGGACUUCUCAAAGUCAGUUCUGUGAUUUUCAGCUGCCUGAUUGCCAAUCGACCACAUGGAAACAGCCAGCCAGCUCUACCAAAAAUAUCAACACAGGAAAUGAGAAACAAAUCCUCCCAAGGUGAUGCUUUUAACAGUCGCGUUCAGGACCUCAUCAGUUACGUGGUGAGCUCAGGUCUUGUCGACAAGCUGUGCGGCUGCUUCCUGUCGGUGCAAGGCCCCGUAGAUGAGAGCCCCAGGACGGCCGCGCUCCUGCAGCAUGCCGCCGGCCUAUUACAGGGAGCCUGCACGCUGUGCUUCGCUGUCACCAGGAGGCCAUACACCAUAUUUGACAGUAAUCGCCAGGAUCCCACGGGCCUGACAGCGGCUCUUCAGGCCACAGACCUCGCCGGAGUCCUGCACAUGCUGUACUGCGUCCUCUUCCAUGGCAGCAUCUCAGAGCCUGGCACUGCCAGCCCCAAGGAGAGCUAUCCUCAGAGCACGGUCCAAGUGGCCAUUCAGACUCUGCGCUUCUUCAACAGCUUUGCAGCUCUCGACCUGCCUGCUUUUCAGUCCGUUGUAGGGGCAGAGGGCUUGUCCCUGGCGUUCCGACACAUCGCCAGCUCCCUGCUGGGCCACUGCAGCCACGUCUCCUGUGAAAGCCUCCUUCACGAGGUCAUCAUCUGUGUGGGCUACUUCACUGUCUGCCACCCCGAUAACCAGGUCAUCGUACAGUCAGGCCGCCACCCCACGGUGCUACAGAAGCUGUGCCAGCUGCCCUUCCGGUAUUUCAGUGACCCUCGGCUGAUCAGAGUGCUGUUCCCUUCGCUUAUCGCGGCGUGUUACAACAACCGUCAGAACAAGACCGCCCUGGAGCAGGAGAUGACCUGUGCGCUGCUGGCCACGUUCAUCCAGGAUUUUGCACAGACUCCAGGUCAGGCAGAUAACCAGUCUUAUCAGCCCAAAGGAAAAUGCCUCGGCUCCCAAGACUAUCUUGAGCUGGCUAACAGAUUUCCUCAGCAGGCCUGGGAAGACGCUCGACAGUUUUUCUUAAAAAAAGAAAAAUAAUAAAUGUUUUGGUUCUAUAUCUGAGUACCCUUAUUAAUAUUUUAAAUUGUUCAAACCCUCUAGCUGUUCCUGAAGAAAGUCAUUUUCACAUGUUUGCACUCUCCCCUGUAUUGUAGACACAGUUUAUCCUUUGCACUAUUUAUAUUGACUGUCCAUACUGUAAUGUUCUGCUGUUGAGUUUAUUUCAUUUAUGCACAAUAUUUUGGAGUUUGGUAGCUUCCAUCCGUUAAUAUGUACUCUGCAUUUGUAAUAUGGGUGAUAGACAUAAAAUUAGCAAGUCUGUUCUGUUCUGGUAAUAAAAUAUCUUAUUCUGUU